GUUCCUGUGUGCUUGCAGGUGUCUGCAUACUCCAACUUCUAGAGAACUCUGGAAAGUUUUUUUGUCAAGUCUUCCAGCCCCUAACUACAGUUACUAUUUAAAGUCUUACAGGGUAUGAUUUAGUGUCACAUGACAGAGCCAAAAUGUCAGACGACAUCAAGAAGAGGUUUGAAUUUCCUAAUGCAGUUAUUCAGUCACAGGCUGUGAGUCAUCUGAUUGCUGCAGUACUGAAAGAAAAUGUUUCUUCAGGGAAGAUCAAGCAGGCAUCUCAACAGACUCCUGCUCUGAACUUGCUCUGGGAGAAGUGCUGCAGUGAGAAUGUUGCUUUGAGAACAGCCUGCUCCGAGGGGUUGGUGGCACUUGUUGCAGAGAACCAUGCCGAGCUUGAAUAUGUUCUUCAUGGAGCUCUCAACCUAAUUCCCUCAGCAAGGAAUGUGCAUGGUUUAGUAAAAACUAUUUGGAAAUUACUACAGAUUCAAGCUGUACAACUGGGAAGAGAUGGAGAUGAGGCUGUUCGGAAUCUGUAUGGAAUCAGGAACAGUCCUCAUCCAUUAAUCACUGUCCUUGAAAACAGACCUGAUUGCUGGCCAGUUCUACUGCAACAGAUAACAGUAUUUUUCCAACAGUGUCCAGAGAGGGCACAGAGUUCUUGUGUUGGUAUAAUGGCUCCAUUUCUAAGAUACCUAUAUUGUGAACCAUCUCAGUUACGGGAAAAUGCUGAAUUGCGAAUGGGAUUACUUAGGAUUUUACUUCAGCCACGUGGUCCAAUGCAUGCUGAAGCACCAUCAGUGCUGGAACGCCAGAUUCUUCAACUUCUGUGUGAUUUGAUUCCACACCUUCAGCUUAAAGACUUGCCACAAGUUACAGAAGCCUUUUAUUUUCUGCAAGAGCUAUUCCUCAGCUUGUUGCGCUAUCCUGCGUUUUGGAAAGACCAGUUAUCCCAAUUUUGUCUGCAACUGAUAUGCUUCUGUGAAGUGUGUUUAAAUAUAACAGGAGAAUGUUCAUCUUUGAUCUCCUUGAUAGAGGAAAACUUCGAGCUUUUAAAAGAGGUGUUUCCAGUGGAACAGUGUAUAAUUGGGCUAGCAUUUCUACUGCUGCAAAUACCAGAAAGUCAGCAGAAGUCUGUCCUGAGUCUAGCCUACAAGAUCCUUUCCUCUUCAGAAACCCAGAAUGUCUCAGCCACAGCCCUUGUUUUGGUGAUGCCUGUGCUACAAAUCUUAUCUUCUACAUCAGUUGGGGACUGCUUACCAGAGGAUGAUUCUGGCGCUACCAGGAAGCAGCUGGCUAUAAAUCUUUUGGGAAUGUUACAGGAGGAGGGUGUGAUGGAUAGAAAGGAAAUGAUGUCCUGCAAACUCCUUUUUCCAAUAACCAGCUCUUACAGUUCAUUGUACGCCACCUGGAAGAUUGUAGAGCUCAUGAAAGAGAAGUCUGCAGUUACUGGCUGGUUAUCUUCAGUGAAAUCACUGCUACCUAUUACAACUCAAGUCCCUGCCCAUGUUUUCCUUCUGCUGGCUUAUCUGUUGAUACAAGAAAAUGGUGACAGUCUUCGAGAUGUACUCCAGACUGCUACAGAAGUAGCCAAAGCUGAUUGUUCUCAGGUCCCAAAUCUGAUCCCAGUUCUGAUAUUUAAAUUGGGAAGACCUUUGGAGCCUGCACUUUACAGGGAUAUAUUGUAUACCUUGCCUGCACUGGGCGUACACAAGGUUUGUGUAGCUCAGAUUCUACGUACCAUACACAUGCUGGGUAGCACACCGAAGCUUAGAGCUGUUACUUUGCGGAUGAUGACCUCCUUAUGGGAAAGACAGGAUCGAAUUUACCCAGAAUUACAGAAGUUCUUGGCAACAUCUGAUGUGCCCUCUUUGGCUGUUGACAAAGAUGCUCAGUGGGAAAAGCUGGUUGCUAAAGCUGCCUGCAUAAGAGAUAUCUGUAGGCAGAGGCCAUACCAGCAUGGAGCAGAUAUGUUGGCUGCUAUUUCCCAGGUAUUAAACGAGUGCACAAAACCUGAUCAAGCUUCACCUGCUGCUAUAGUAUUACAAGGUCUUCAGGCACUUUGUGAGGCUGAGGUUGUUUGCAUUCGUUCUACGUGGAAUGCUUUGUCACCAAAGCUGAGUUGUGAUACAAGACCCCUUAUUUUAAAAGCACUGAAUGAAUUGUUUGCCCUGGUUCCCUCAUUAACAGUGAAUACAAAUGAAUAUGAGAAAUUCAAAGCUCAAGUUAUCAGUAUCCUUUGGAAAAACACACAAAACAAGGAUGCUAUUGUAGCAGUUUCAGCCUACAAAGCACUCUCAUCAUUUGGCUCUGAAGAACAUACAAUUCUUCACCUUCCUGAACAGGCACGAGGAGAAAUUGACCCAUUGGAAGAGACAGACAUGAAUGAAGAGGAGGAGGAGAAGGAGCUGGACCUUUUUGUUCCAGGUUCUUCAUAUAUCAAACUGUUGUUUCUAACACCAGCUUCUGUUUUAGGAGCAUUUGAAGAGUUUGCAACAUCACUUGUGAAACAGGAGAUGACCAACAUGCCCCGUGGUGUGUAUCAUUCUGCCUUGAGAGGAGCAGCCACACGCUCAGACCAGGGGAAGACUGUGUCAGGUGUUCCAAAUUUCUUGCUGAAAAUGUAUGAGAGGAACAAACAACCAGGAAUGACACCAGGCCUUGCAGCUGGCAUGCUGCUGUGUUACGAUCUUCCAGUCCAUAUCGGCAAAGAUGGCAAGCCUAUUAAUCGCUUUCUGGCUAGCAGGGGACACAAUUUCCAGCAAAUGUUGGUAGCCCUCAUUCAUGAGGUUAACAUUCAACCUUCUGAAUGGCAUCGCUCUAUACUGCUGCCACAGUCCUGGUUAGGAUUCAUGAGUCGAACCUACAAUGCAGUGCUACAGGGGAGACAAGCAAAGCUGGAGAUGGAGUUAAAGCAGGGAAAAGAGGAUCAUGAAGAUGUACAGUACAAGCAGUUUACAGCGUGGCUCUGGGUCAGAGAUACGUUGACUGAUGUCAUCAAAGGUGCUUCAAAAGACAGCCCAGUGGUAAAAGGAAACUCUAUUUUAGCCUUAACUGGUCUUGCAGUUGCUGUAGCCAAAUAUGAAAGCAGCCUUUCCUCAGACACUGAAGGGAUGCCUGAGACUGAACCUGAUUUUCUUCCCACACAACAGUGGAUUUAUAUGGUUAUAGAGACCCUCUUUAGUAUUGUGAAUAGCCGCUAUCAGCCUAAAGGACAAGUCUUCCCAUGGUUCUACCAGAAAUCCUAUUCUGGUGAAAAUACAGCUAGUGCUAUAGCUCGCUCCUGUGCAGCCACUGCUUUGUCUCUCCUGGUGCCGGUUAUCAUUGUAUCAUGCAAGGAGAAGGUUGAGGAAGUCCUGAGUAUGCUGACUGCCAGGUUACCUGGGAAGCCAAAUGCUGAUGAGUCUCAAGCUGUUCAAACCCACAUUGGCCUUGCUUUGGGGAUGUUCAUCUCACGUUUGUGUGAAGAAAAAUUCAGUGAGGUACCUGGUCAGCAGAUGAACUUAGUUGUAAUGAAGUCCCUGGAUGCACUGGAGGAGUGUUGCUUUGACUCCAGUCUGGAGUACAACACCGGAUGUAUUUUGGGAGUAGGACUUGUUCUUUCCCUUAUGAGUUACAGCAGCCAAACAGAAUCACGAGUGCAUGUUUCUGCUUCACUGCGAAAACUCUGCAAAUACCUGGAAAGCAGUGAGGACCAAAGCAGAUCGGUCCAGGAGGUACUUUCCUAUUCUGUUGCCUGUUCCUGUGUCUCUGCCUUCAGUGUUGGAAUCAUAGAAGCGGCAGAGGCUGAGGACGCUAUGAACAAGCUGCGGACCCUAGUGGAAAAUAACCAGCAGACAUCCGCUUUUGCUUUAGCUCUAGGUACAAUUGUUCACGGUUUGUCAGUUUGUGGUCACGGGAAAGCUGAAGAUCUGCGUAACAAACUAAUGCCAGCCUGGAUAAAAACUUUGAUUGCAGAGGGUUCUCCAACAAUGCAGCGUCUGGCAGCUGUCAAUGGGCUGGUUGCACUGGUUGGUUCUGAAGGAGGCAUAAUACAGCUGAAAUCUGAGAGUAUCCAGUCCUCCCAGUUUCAAAGUAAGCUCAAUGAAGUCAUCAGAACCCUUACACAGAUAAUCAGUUUCUCAGGGCAGAUUGGCCUUCAGACAAAUGCAGCAGGACUUCUGGGACACCUUCAUAUGUCCUGUUUGUCUUCUACCCAGAGCAGGGCAUCUGUUCCUCCGGAUUUUAGCUACUUGCCUGAAAACAGCUUUAUCAGGGCAGCCAUUGAUUUUGCCAUUGAAAGUGGAAAAAAAGGCCCUGAAUCUGUUCCAGCUCAGCUGUUGAAAGUAGCACUGGCGCCCAUUGCAAUAGUUGGAGAAAGUCAUCAGUAUCCACCUGUAAACUGGGCAUCUGUUCUUUCACCAUUGAUGAGGCUAAACUUUGGUGAUGAGGUAAAACACCUUUGCCUUGAACUGGCUGUGACACAAGCCCAGUCAUCUCAAAAUGCUGCCAUGCUUUUGGGGAUGUGGGUGGCACCUCCCCUUGUCUACAGUCUCAGUAUGAAAACCCAGAAAUACCUUCUUGAGUCCCUGCCCCUGUGGAUGAAACAUGUUGCAGAAGACAAACUACAGUCUUUUACAGAGGUGUUUCUAAUACAACAAUUUGAAAUGAAGGGCCGCACAAAAGAAACAGAAAUUUGCCAGUGUGUUUUACAGGGACUCAUGCAGGCAAUGAAAAUUCCAAACCCUGCCCAGUAUUGCUGGAGCUUUCUUUGCCAGGCUGUUGAGAAAAUAUUCAAGCUCUUGCCAAAUGAGAUUCAGAGGGGUGAACUGGAGAUGUAUGUCAGUGUAGCAAAAUGUAUAUCAGAAAUGGCUGAUUCAGAGAUAGAUCUCAUUGUCCAGAUCUCUAAGAACAAUGUAGAGAAGGCCAUCUUCACCAAAUUGUAUUUAAUUUCUCAAGGCAGACUGCCUCUGAUGAACUUGAGUGCCAUGAUUUAUACUUUGACAGACUGUCACCAGAAAGACUCUCUUACAUGGAUGUUCUUGCACAGUUUCUAUCAUGCUCGUAUUGUGAGCCAUGAAAACACAGGAGUGCUGAAAAGAAUGGAUUGGCUGCUAGACUUGAUGGGCUACAUCAGAAAUUUAGCAUACAAGUCAACACCUAUACAAAAUGGUGAUCUUAAAGAGUUCAUAGAUUUCCUCCUGUGGCUGUUUGCAGCUUCUGUGGUGGCCUGGGCUGACCAUGGUGCACCAUUACUGCUUGGCCUCAGUGCCAACUGGUCAUCAUGGAAGCACCAAACUGUGUUACCAGAAUUGUCUAAGGAUCACAUUGGCAGGCAUGCCACUGACAAGCUUGCUGUGCAAGAGACUCUCACUCUCCUUCCAAGUAGCAUUUUCCUUUUGCUAGCGAAAGAGCCUUGGAAAGAACAAACACAGAAGUUUAUUGACUGGCUUAUCAAUAUGGUGGAAAGUCCUAAGGAAGCAUUAUCAAAAUCUUCCACAGAUCUGCUGAAAGCUACACUUCUGGCGUUGAGAUCUCUUGCAGAAUUCAAGAAGAAAGCAGUGUGGACUAAAGCUUACCAGUGGUAGCUGCAUGCCAUAUCCUAUCCAACAAAGAAAACUGAUCAUACUUGAAAGCAUGCUAUUAUUAUUCAGUCAUCGAGAAGACCAGUUUUAAUUAUGUUUCCUUUCAAAAGGUUUUCAGUUUGGGUUUAUUUGUUAUUGUUAAUCUUUUCUCCUCUUCCCAAAGACUCAUAAGAUGAAAAAAAUUUAUUUUUCACUGGUGGGGUGAUGUUUUCUUACAAACUGUCUGGCAUGGUUUGAGCUGUGCUGAAUCUAAAUGAGAAGUACACAUUCAUUUGUGUUUCAGUAGAAUUGUUUCAGUGACAUCUGGGAGCCUCAAAAGCUGGAGUGGAAUGUUCCUUUAACCAUGGAAGCUUUGUUAGGAGCAAGUGAAAAAAAUAAAAUAAUGUAAAAUUUGU